CGCUGUCAGGAUGAGGCGGAGGAGGCGGAGGCCCAGCCCGGCAGCUCCCGUCUUUCGCAGCGGCUCCUGGCGUAGCGGUUUCAGCCCCAGCGCCGCUGCCUGAGGGGAGCGGGGGACGCCGGCGGAGCCAUGGCCCAGCCCGGGGCUGCGCCGCGCGCAGACGCUGCUCUUCUGCAACGGCUAGCAGAAUUGGAAAAAGUCAAUGCAGAAUUUCUGCGUACAAACCAGCAGCUUGAGCAAGAAUUUAAUCAAAAGAGGGCAAAAUUUAAAGAGUUAUACUUGGCUAAGGAAGAGGACCUGAAAAGGCAAAAUGUAGUACUGCAAGCAGCACAAGAUGAUCUAGGACAUCUGCGGACACAACUAUUGGAAGCCCAGGCUGAAAUGGAGAACAUCAAAGCCAUAGCUACAGUAUCUGAGAAUACGAAGCAGGAAGCUAUUGAUGAGGUGAAGAGGCAGUGGCAAGAAGAAGUCGCUUCACUACAAGCAAUUAUGAAAGAAACUGUUCGUGACUAUGAGCUCCAGUUUCAUCACAGGCUGGAGCAAGAGCGAGCUCAGUGGGGCCAAUACCGGGAAAAUGUUGAAAGGGAAAUCGCAGAGUUGAGAAGGCGGCUAUCUGAAGGUCAAGAAGAGGAAAAUCUAGAAAAUGAAAUGAAAAAGGCCCAAGAGGAUGCUGAGAAACUUCGUUCAGUCGUGAUGCCUAUGGAGAAAGAGAUCGCAGUUUUAAAGGAAAAACUAACAGAAGCUGAAGAAAAGAUAAAAGAACAGGAGGCUUCAAAGAAAUCAAAUAUACUGAAAUUCCCAAAAGAUCCAGAGUAUUCAGGAGCUACAAGGAAGGUUAAAGAACUGAACCAUUACCUGGAAGCUGAGAAGUCAUGUAGGACAGAUUUAGAGAUGUAUGUGGCUGUUCUGAAUACUCAGAAAUCAGUCUUGCAAGAAGAUGCUGAGAAAUUACGGAAAGAACUUCAUGAAGUCUGCCAUCUGUUAGACCAAGAGCGACAGCAGCAUAACCAAUUGAAACAUACCUGGCAGAGGGCCAAUGACCAGUUCUUGGAGUCUCAGCGUUUGUUGAUGAGGGACAUGCAACGUAUGGAAAUCGUUCUGACCUCUGAACAGCUCCGACAAGUUGAAGAACUGAAAAAGAAGGAUCAGGAAGACGAUGAACAGCAGCGACUUAGCAAAGGGAAGAAACAGAAACAGCAAGAUCCAGAUGAUGAAACAAAAGUAGUAUGCUCUCUAACCCAUGAAGAAUCCCUUACGCAGUUCCUUAAUGAAGAGAUACAUUUAAAUAGUGCUCAUGGAUCAGUCCAUUCAUUAGACACAGACUUGUUAUUAUCUUCUGGUGAGUCUUUCAAUAAAUCAGACAAUGAUCUGUUUAAAGAUGGACUUCGGAGAGCACAGUCUACAGACAGCCUGGGGACAUCGGGAUCUUUACAGUCCAAAACUUUAGGAUACAACCACAAAGCAAAAUCUGCUGGGAAUCUGGAUGAAUCUGAUUUUGGACCACUAGUUGGAGCAGAUUCAGUGUCUGAGAACUUUGAUACUGCCUCCCUUGGGUCUCUGCAAAUGCCAAGUGGAUUCAUGUUAACCAAAGAUCAGGAAAAAGCAAUCAAAGCAAUGACACCAGAGCAAGAGGAGACUGCAUCCCUUCUCUCCAGCGUUACACAGGUUGUAGAGAGUGCUUAUGUGUCUCCUAGUGGUUACCGCUUAGUUAGUGAGACAGAAUGGAAUCUGCUUCAGAAGGAGGUGCAGAAUGCAGGAAACAAGCUGGGAAGACGCUGUGAUAUGUGUUCGAAUUAUGAGAAGCAGUUACAGGGAAUCCAGAUUCAGGAGGCCGAGACAAGAGAUCAGGUGAAAAAGCUGCAGGUGAUGCUGAGGCAGGCUAAUGACCAGCUGGAAAAAACAAUGAAAGAUAAACAGGAGCUGGAAGAUUACAUGAAGCAAAGCAGUGAAGACUCUGCUACUCAGAUAUCUUCACUUAUUGUUAGAUCUCAGGAGUCUGAGACCUUACUCAGUGAAUUACAGCAGGCAUUUUCCCAAGCAAAGAGAAGUGUUCAGGAGCAAAUGGCUGUCCUGAUGCAGUCAAGGGAGCAGGUCUCAGAAGAGUUGGUGAGACUACAAAAAGAUAAUGAAAGCCUUCAGGGAAAGCAUAGCUUGCAUGUGUCUUUACAGCAAGCUGAAGAUUUCAGUCUGCCAGAAUCCCUGGAGGAACUCCGUGAGCUGGUAUUAAAAUAUCGUGAGGACAUCAUUAGUGUACGGACUGCAGCAGAUCACCUUGAAGAAAAACUGAAGGCAGAAAUUUUAUUCUUAAAAGAACAGAUUCAAGCUGAACAGUGUCUAAAGGAAAAUUUAGAAGAAACUCUACAGCUGGAAAUAGAAAAUUGCAAAGAAGAAAUAGCUUCUAUUUCUAGCCUAAAAGCUGAAUUGGAAAGAAUAAAAGUGGAAAAGGAACAGUUGGAGUGCACCUUGCAGGAAAAACAGCAGCAGCUGGAGAGUCUUCAGGAAAUGAAAAACACUCUUGAAGAACAGCUAAAGAAGGAGACCACUGCGAAGACUAACCUUGAGCAGUUGAUGUUUGAAGAAAAGGACAAAGCGCAGCGACUGCAGACUGAAUUAGAUGUCAGUGAGCAAGUGCAGAGAGACUUUGUAAAGCUUUCUCAAACCCUCCAGGUGCAGUUGGAACGGAUCCGGCAGGCAGAUUCCUUGGAGAGAAUCCGUGCAAUCCUGAACGACACAAAACUGACAGACAUUAAUCAGCUUCCUGAAACAUGACACCCUGAUGGGCAGGGCUCCAAGGCUGCCUUUGGGGUUUUUAACUCAUCUUUAUAGCAACAUUAAUUAUUAUUUAACUCUAACUGAAAGAGCAGACGAUGACAGAGGGGAGCAAUGACUGAGUUUGUUUCUAGAGGGGAGAAGGUUUUGCACAGGGCAGGAAGAGAGCACCAGGGAGCCUUGCAGUGUAGAAGAGCAUUUUCUAAUGGGAACACUAAUGGGUGCAGUGUUGUUUUUCCACGGUAAGUGGAAACAGUCCUUUACGUUCUGAAAAAUAUUUUUUCCUUUUGGCCAACUUCUUAACCUAAUAUAGAUAUCUGGAACACUUCCCCCUAAAUACCGUAAUCAAAGUAGCUGCUGGAAAUCAUAUCGUCCCUCAAAACACAUUGAAGAGCAAAGUGAUUGAAGUUUUUCUGUUUUGAAUAGUCAGUAACAGUAUUCAGCUAGCAGACAGCCUGAGGUGUAGUGUGCUGUAUGAAUAUUUUAUAUUAAAAUAUGAAUUUAUUAGCAGGACACUGGAUAUUGAUCUUAUUUCCUAACUCAGUGCUUUUUAGUUUUUGUUGAACAAAAUCUGAAUGCUGUUGAAAUGUGAUGGAUAUGAGUGAGCUGUGCAUCUCAGGAGCUGAUACAAGUUAAUCCAAAAAAAUGAAUUGAUCAGUAAAGAAUGGACUUCAGAUUAAAAUUCUGGGGUUAAAGAAAUGCACUAUUUAGAACCGCUUCUUCACAGGUUUAAUUUAAAAAAUGGAAGCAUAACUGAGACUCUCAAUUUUAGAACUGAGGUGUUGCUAGUCCCAUAUUUGUGUUAAGACUGUUAACAAAACUCUGUGCACCAUUUAAGCAACAUAUAGGGCAUUUGCACAUCAUCUCUGCUGGGGUGAAUGUCAUUCUGUGUCAACUAGCUUUUACCCAGUAGUUGAAAAAGGAAGAUGAUUCUGAAUUAAGGAAAAAUUCAAAGUCUCACACCAAUGCCAAUAUAGGUUGGGUUAAUAGUACAUGCAACCUGCUUCACAUAGCACAAAAGCAUUAUGCUGCAGGUUUCAUUCAAGUGCAAUGCAUCUCAAAUAUGGUGUCCAGAUAUUGCUUAAAACAAAGGAAAUAACUCAAAUCCUACUCUGACCCUUAACUAGACAUUAAGGUAACACUAUGCAACAAGACUGUGAUAUUCUACAGGUGCUAGGUUUGGGUUUCUUGUCAUAUAAAACAGUAUUAUAACAUGACUUUUUAAAAAAAUAUUAGAAUUCCAUACAGGUUAUCAGAUGAUGAUGAUGGCUUAUCUGCCACUGUACUAUACUAAGUGUUGCAAAUUCUGAAUAUUUGAACUGGCCCUUGUGAUAACUGAACUAGCUCUGGCCUUUGAGAGGAAUGGAAGUUGUCAUUUGAUCAGUAUUUCAGCCUUUACUAAUGGAAAGGUUAGUAGGAAUAUACUUUCUGAAUAUUAACAUUGAGCAUCCACAACUCUUAAGUGGGCACAUGCACUAUAUUGUAUGUACACACUUGAAAAUUUGGUCCUGUGUUUGGCAGCAGGAGUCACAGGAAAAGCAACUGUUUUCAGCCUAUAUAUCCCCUUAGGCUCUGAAAUUAGCUAACAUUCUACAAUGCAGUGUUGUUGUUGUGUGGGUCCCAAGAUAUUAGAUAGACAA